GAUGUUUAAUUGCCACAUUAAUGUGGAGAAAGUGAACAGUGUGACCUCUGUGAAAUAUUUGCAUAAAUAUGUUCACAAGUUACCAGAUAGAGCUACAAUGAAUUAUGAAGAGAAAAAUGAUUGUGACGAGAUUAAAGAAUUUAUAGACGCACGGUACGUCUGUCCGCAGGAGGCCGUGUGGAGAAUUUUAGAAUUUGAGACAUAUGAUCGUAGUCAUAGCAUCACAACUUUGCCUGUCCAUCUGGACGGUGAACACGUGUGUUAUUUCGACGAGAAUAUGACUGAGCAAGAGAUUAGAGAAAAGAUUGAAAAUGACUCUGAAUUGAUUGGAUAUUUUGAAUUGAAUAAGAAUAGUGCCUUAGCUCGGAAUCUCUUUUAUCACGAGAUUCCCGAGAAGUUUGUGUUUAGAAAAGGAAUUUGGAAUGAGAGAAAGACACAUUUCAACACAAUUGGUCGGAUGGUCAAGGUUUCGCCAGCCGAAACCGAACGCUAUCACUUACGGCUGUUGUUGUUGAAUGUGAAAGGAGCUACAAGCUAUGAAGAUUUGAGAACUGUAAAGAGAUUAGAUAAUUUGAUAUUGAAUAUUAGAAAAUGUGCAACCUUCGCGGAAGCAUGUUUAGCCAGAGGUUUGAUUAGAGAUGAUGAUGAGUGGAAGAAGGCAUUAGAAGAAGCUAACAACUUCGAAAUGCCUUGGAAAUUGAGAGAGUUAUUUGCCUUGAUUUUAGUGCAUUGCAAUCCUGCAAAACCCGAAGAACUUUGGGCUUUGUUCAAGGAUGCUUUAUAUAGUAAAAAGAAUAUUGGAGGCAGGUAA